CUAGAUAGCACCUUUUUUUUGUAAGAGGCGAGGAACCGAAACUAUACGCACAUUGCAUUCUGUUCCCUUUUCGACAGUCAGCUAGGUAGGAAGGAUCAUUCAUUCAGUGUGACAAGUAGCAUGGCGUCCAGUGGCGGUUCAACAACAACUGUCGGAGAUAUUGAGGAGGACGCUUCUCAGCUACUUUUCCCCAAAGAGUUCGAGAACGCGGAGACACUUCUAAACUCUGAGGUACACAUGCUUCUGGAGCAUCGCAAGCAGCAGAACGAGAGUGCAGAGGACGAACAAGAGCUAUCGGAGGUCUUCAUGAAAACUCUGAAUUAUACUGCACGUUUCAGCCGGUUCAAAAACAGAGAAACUAUCGCAAGCGUUCGCAGCUUGCUCUUGCAGAAGAAGCUGCAUAAGUUUGAGCUGGCCAGUUUGGCCAACCUUUGUCCAGAAGCAGCGGAGGAGGCCAAAGCCCUCAUCCCUAGUCUGGAGGGGCGGUUCGAGGAUGAAGAGCUGCAGCAAAUCCUUGAUGACAUUCAGACCAAGAGAAGUUUCCAGUACUAAGGACAAUUCCUCCUCAUCUGGCCUAUUCUAACCUAAACCCAUCGUUAUAAUGUCAGAAUAUACCCACCCAGAAGGACACAGUGCUUCCCAAAUGACACCCUAUUCCCUAUAUACACUACCGUUCAAAAGAUUGGGGUCACUUAGAAAUGUCCUUGUUUUC